AUGAAUAGCGUAGAUUUAAAAAAUUUAAUUGAUGAUUUAGUACUUAAUCAAAAUUUUCUUAAUUAUUAUGAAUUAAAAUCAUAUCUCCAAAAACAUGAUAACAAUAUAACGGGUGAUGAUAUGGAUUAUUAUUAUUCGUAUUAUAAAAAUGAAGUUUUGAAAUAUCAUGAUAAAAUAAUUUCUAAAAUUAAAGACAAAAUUAAAAAUAAUGAAUAUUCAAAGGGAAAAAGUAAAUCACAACUUAAACAAUUGAAAGAUUUCAAAAAUAAAGUAUUAACAGAAGAAGAUAUUGAUGAAUUAUAUAAAUUAUAUAAAUUAUAUAAUCCUGAGCCGCAAAAACCAAAGGAACAAAAACAAAAGGUGCAAAACGCCCAGGUCCUUCAGACCAUAAAUGAAGCACAAGCUUUAAUUUAUGAUUCAUUAGUUAAACCAUAUUCAGCCCGACUUUUAAAUGAAGAUCAACUUUUGGAAUUCAUCCUUCAACAUAAACUCGAAGCGGGAAAGUAUAUCAAACCUUUAUAUACAGCAUAUUUAAAACAAAUGAAUAGAAUACAUCCAGAAUUAAUGAAGGGGGGAAUGAAAUCCAAAAUCAAAGCAGAUAAAAUUAAACCACCUGCAACACCAAACCCUCCAACGACAGUACCUCCUCCUCCUUCAGUUAAUCCUUCAUCAUUCACUUUAUUAUAUCCAUUUCAAACAUUAAAGAAGCAAAAAGAUUUUAAAAAGGAUUUCAAAAUAUUAAAUAAACCAACUGACCCAAAAAUUCAACCGUUAAAGGAAAAAUUUAGUCGCCCUUCAUUUGCACCAUAUCCAUAUUCAUACGAAAUCGAUCAUUUAGAAUAUUCAAGAGGAAAC